AUGGAGAGACGAGUGGAUCCUGAAGAUGGUAGAGCACAAACUCUCGACGAGAUGCUGCUGAAGUACAAAGGCACCUACAGCAAAGCUGAGAUUGAGGCUUAUUUUCGCUCUGAGUGCCAGCUGGCAAGCGAAGGCAAGCGGACCUCAGCGGUCGCAGCGGCCUUCGCGUCGAAAGACAGCUCGGAGAUCAAUGGCCUGGCGGAGUGGCUCCGUGAAGUGGGAUACGAGCGCUCUUUUCAGAAGGUGGCCGACUGGUGUCGCGAGAAUGGGGCUGUGCUUUUGGAAGAGGUCCAGGAGAAUUGGGAGCAAGUCAGAAGCGACUUGGGAUUGGAACAAGGCUCUGGCACUGGCGCUCACGAUGAGCAGGUGUUCCAAGUGGCCGGGUUGUCGGCGUGGUUAGAAGAAAUUGAACUGGAGGAUUAUUUGGAAGAUGUCUUGGAAUGGUGUCAUCAGCAUGGAGUUCGCGCUCUGAAGGAGAUCCAGACGAGAUGGGAAGAGAUUCUACAAGAGCUAAAAUUCAAAACUGCCAAAGAGCAGUUGCCUGGAAAGCGUGUUUCAGUUCGUGUUCUGAAAGGCAAAUGGCAGGGAAGCUACAUGGCACAGGUAUUGGAAGUUGCUUCAACAGGUAUUCAGAUUCGACACUUGGAGGAUGAUUUUGAAGAGACAUUGCCACUGGACGCGCUCGGUGGGGGGAAGUACUUGCUCGAACCUGUGGAUUCCGACGAGGAAGCCACAGGUGACGUGCAGGAAUUGCUCCGGACAGGGCGAUUGCGCGUUGAUGCAACAGGUGCAGGUUUGCAGCUCCGUUGGGUCAAGUUGGGUUAUGCCGUGGACAAGGUUGAACGGAAGCCCGGGCAGGAUGAUAUUCGUGAAGGUGACGUGGUCCUCGCAGUUGGUGGCUCGCUACUGACAGGGUUGGAUGAAGACACUGUGGAGGAGCGCUUCAGGAACUCAUUCGGCAACGGAGUCGGGAUCGUGAUAGGCUGCAUGAGCGAGCUGAUGAAGCAUCCAGUGGAUCGAAUAGUAGAGCACGUUUCUGCAGAGCUACGGCGUGCAGCUUGA